AUGAACCUCAUCUUUGCCGAGGGCGCCCACCAGAAGCCCGUGAGGCGUUUUGUGGUGCCGCUAGACCUGCACCUGGGCCCAGGGAAGGAAGAGGGCUGCGCGCCCGCAACAGCGCCACCGCAUACCCCGAACCCCGCCCUGGUGGCACUCAUACAGCAGCGCAUCGAGCACGGCAGUGGUGCCAUGCCUACGGAAAAGGACCCAGACGCUGCAAAGUAUGCGAAUGAUCGCAUGCGCCGUCAAGCGUCACUAAAAUCGGCUCUCUCCGUACUUUGCCAUGUAGCCGCGAUGGAUAAGCCCGGCCACUUCACUUAUAGUCAAAAAAAUCAGCCCCCAAACAACAAGAAUAUUACUGGAAGAAGCAGCAUCAGUUUAUGCCGUUCCUACUCUCUGAUGGAUAUUUACACAACUGUGCGAGCCUUAAUGCUGGAGUAUGAUGAUGUCCUGCAGCAGCAAAACAGCGGAAGUGGGAAACAGCAGUUUGAUCCGCAGGCGGCAGCAGCUGCCCUCACAGCUACUGAGGGCCGAGUGGAUGCUUGCCUCGCUUUGCUCGAGCCGACUCUACUGGGAUUGAUUAUUAACUUUGAUCGAGCGCGAGAACUGCCAGCUGGAUAUGUUAUGGGCAUUCUGCGCACGUUGCCACAGGCGUUCGCGGUCGAGAAAUGGCCCUGCAAAGUCUUGCAAAAAGAGGAUAGUAAGAGGUCACAACAAAAACGUCCUCGUGAUGACGGCAAUGCAUGGAAUAACGUGGGUGACGCUGCUACGGCGAUUGUUCUCAAUACACUUAGGGAGAUCAAAAAUAGUGACUGCCUGCGUGUUGUUGCUGCUUCUUCUGCGAAGGGCCCUAAUGCUUUAUCGCCAGCGAAUGCCCCAUCGUGGUUGACGUUCGAGGACGUAAUGACAAGAGCGUCGAACGGGGUGUACCGCUCGCGUGGGCUCUACGGUGCGCUGCAUGACACAAGGGUGUUUCUCUACGGACGUAGUGCUUCAGUGCGACAGGAACAGGAGGCAAGCAUCACAGCGGCCCGUGUGCGCUUUGAACACUCACUGAGGUGUCAUUACGGUGAUUUUCUGCGCAAGUGCGGGCUCAAAUGUUGGGCGGAGAAGUCUCUGCUUCCGGAGGAGACAAUGUUUGGUGUCAACCCCCUUCCCAAAGAGGAAGACGCUACGUCUUACACCGACGUUCAGCGCAAGUGCUUGAAAUUGCUCGACUUACUCCGCGCGGUGGACACCAACAAGUGGUUUGAGUACCCGGUGUUUGACAUGGCCAACCUUGAGCUGAGUAGCGUGGAGCGGUGGGUUCGGAGCAAGUCCUUUGGUGUAAAAACGAACCGUGAUGCCUUUACGGCUUUCCGAGAUGUGCUAGAGCAGAUGGUGGAUAACUGUGUGUUGAGCUAUGGACCAAUGAGCCCAUUUAGUCAGGUCAUUACAAUGAUACGGCAGCGUUUGGUGGACGCUGCGCGUGAAGUGGGGCUGCUCUGA